GAAAGUUAGAAGUGAAUGCAUUUAUAUUGUGUUUUCCUUUUGAUUUAAAACGACGUGGCACUUGCCCAAAUUUCUAAAUUCUAACACCCCAUUCUCCUUCAUUUCAAUUCUCUGUUCGGCUGGACUUUGCUGCGGCAGCUCCGGCCACCCUCUCAUCGCCAUUCAGUUGAAAAGUUUUAUAGUUCGAGUGGAAGAUUGUGAACUAAGAAAGAUGGUAAAGUUGACUAUGAUUGCUCGUGUUACUGAUGGUCUUCCACUAGCUGAAGGACUGGAUGAUGGUCGUGAUCUUAAAGAUGCGGAAUUUUACAAACAGCAAGUCAAGGCUUUGUUUAAGAAUCUCUCGAGAGGACAUUAUGAAGCAUCAAGGAUGUCUGUUGAAACUGGCCCUUAUGUUUUUCAUUAUAUUAUAGAAGGACGGGUCUGUUACUUGACAAUGUGUGAUCGAGCUUAUCCUAAGAAAUUAGCCUUUCAAUAUCUUGAAGAGCUUAGGAACGAGUUUGAGCGUGUUAAUGGAUCUCAGAUUGAAACUGCUGCUAGACCCUAUGCCUUCAUUAAGUUUGAUACAUUUAUACAGAAGACAAAGAAACUUUACCAGGAUACCCAUACUCAGCGCAAUAUUGCCAAAUUGAAUGAUGAACUCUAUGAAGUUCACCAGAUAAUGACUCGAAAUGUGCAGGAAGUUCUUGGUGUCGGUGAACAGUUGGACCAGGUCAGCCAAAUGUCCAGUCGCUUAUCAUCAGAAUCUCGCAUAUAUGCUGAUAAGGCUAGAGAUUUAAAUCGGCAGGCUCUGAUUCGGAAGUGGGCCCCUGUUGCUAUUGUUUUUGGAGUUGUCUUCGUACUUUUCUGGAUCAAAAAUAAACUAUGGUGAUCUAGCUCAUUGUCUGACAUUUAAAACCUGGAUUACGUUUGCUGUGGCUUCUUGCUUUCCUCACAUGAUUAUCCAGAUUUUCACAGAUUGGUGGAAACCCUAUAUGCAUGAGAUGAUACCGACCUUUUUCUGGACAACUUUGGUUUAGAAAAAAAGACUAUCCUCUGUUACAUCUAAGCAUGGCUGGAUCAGCCUUUCUGGAACAGGAACCUUUAACAUUUGUAGUAAGGAGCCGAAAUAUGAGAAUACUUGAUCCCCAUGGGGAUGCGUAUAGCAUUUCUUAUUUCUAGUUCUCAAUUAUUUUCAGGAUUAUUGCGUUAAUGAAUUAAAUAUAUUACCUCUUCAAUUUUAUUGUUUCCAUUUGAGCCGCUGAAUUAGAAUUGCGUUAUAUAUCGCUGGUAUAAUGAUAAUUAGUAGUGUGGAAUACUUGUUGUAAAACUGGGAAACCUUAUCUCAUUUUGUUUUUACAUUUCCCUGAUACUUAUCAGUAUAAUAGAAUAUUCAGAUCUGGAUUCUUA